ACCAGUGGCAGACUAGUCACAACAUUUUCAGAAAGUAGUGGAGAGGGAGGACACACACCGUAAAUAAGUUCAAGAUGGUGCGGUCUGUCAGAGAAGAUGGUAGUCGGCUGAGCACCAUAGAAGACCUGAAAGACUCUGGCUUCGGCCGUCCUCCCCCCCGACACGGCCUCAAGCUCCUCUUCUGGUUCGCCAACGAGUGCGUGGCGUUCAAUCACAACGGCAACAUGCUGGUACAGUGCCACCCUGAGAGAGGCGUGAGAAAGGACUAUGGGCUAUCCCUGGGAUACCGCCAAUGCAACAAGGACCGCAUAAUCAUCAGGCUGAGGCAGGGGGACGUGACAGCCACCUAUGUCACCGAGCACAAGGAGGACGGCGGCCGGGGGGAGUUUGACUCCGAACGCACCCACCUUGUAAAUCCGGAUUUGAUCCGCAUCAUCCGGGACCCUGAGCUGGAGCUUGCGACAUUCCUAGACCAGACGGGCUACAUGGGGCUGUCGCUGAGAGAGCGCCUCCUCAGAGCUUUCAAGCAAAAAUCGGAUGUCAUCUCAGGGGAGUAUGACUCCGAACCCCCAGAACGAUCAGGUCCGGACCAGAACACCUGGGACGAUUUGGUUCGGACCACUUGGGAUCCGGAGCAGCACCAGACCACGUCCCAGUUGGGACUAUCGCUGAGACAAAGGUUCACCAGAGUCUUUGUAGUCAUGCUAGUGGUCCUCCUGGUCAUCACUUUGAUCGUUUUGGUCAUCUUAGGGAAGUUGUAGAGAUAGCAGUUAUUGUAGUUGUUGUGCUGCUGUUGGUCCAUCAGGUUUGGGGUCAAUUCUAUUUCAAUUCAGUCAAUUCAGGAAGUAAACUGAAAUUCAAAUUUUUCCUAACGGUAAAGUUUUGAGAAUUGAUUGAAUUGAAAUGGAAUUGAUCCCAACCACUUGUCUUUUCUCACUAGCACUGAUUUUGCACAGAUUUUCCUUCCAAAGACUGUGAUAUGUGGUUGUCUUUACCUUCCUUAGUCGAAUGCACUGACUGUAACUUGCUUUGGACAAGAGUAAAUUACUAAAAUGUGAAAUGUAACUUAAUGUUUUUAAAUAUUUUUGUAAUCGAUAAGAUAUUAUCAGAUAUUUUAUUUGACGAUUUAGAAUAAAAUGAAAAGAAGACAAGUUGAA